UUCGUUUGACGACAUCCAAGUUUCGAUUAGCAAACAGGCUUCCGUAUGUGAAGCAUAUACCCUGAGUAGUAUGUCUAUGAGCCCGGUGAUUCAUGCUCGAAGAUGGUAUAGUCUUUCUGAUAGGCCCAGUCAAGUCUGGAAGAACCAGACCCUUUCUCAUUAACGUACGUAGACGGAACCCACUUUCCAAAACCCCGAAGCUUUGAAUCAUGCACACAAAACAAGAAUAAAACCAAGGAACAAAAGAACCGAGCUAGAACAUGUCAGGCUCACAAGCCUAACGCUCACCAGCUCCCCUUCUCGUCGCAACGAGAUAUCGACCUGACAACCCAGGCCACCCGAGUCAUUUCUUCCCGUUUCCCAGCAACAGAAGCGAAGGAUUAAAUCGCCGUUGUACCGUGCUACGCUCGCUAAUCAAGAUAUUUGUACUAUGUCUACUCGACCACACGCAUGGACCCUGCGAAAGAUCAGCCCUACCAUCGACUCAACAUCCCUGUCUUCAUGUCCCUGGGUAUGUCCCGGUAAUUGGGUGCGAUAUUCGAUCGCAAAUCAUUGGAAGGAGGGAACUUACGCGUUUAUAGCCUCAAAUGUAAAACAGGUUAAUUUUCUAAAAAUCAAAAUGUGA